AUUGUGAGUGUAUAAAAAAGUAUUUCUAUGUGUAGCGGAAAUGCACCUUGGUUGCUUGCUUGCGUAUGAAUGAAUGAAUGGAUGGAGAGACUGUGUUGAGUCAGUAGGAGGAAUAUUGGAAGGUGAGUUGUGUCAAUCAAGGCCAGCACAUGCAGACAACUGAGUAAUUGGUCCGCAAUUCGCACUCCACCAAUUAGGCGGCUUCGAGAUAAUUGACGGAUUUGUGGUUGCUGCAUUCUGUUUUGCCCAUGGCGACUGAGAAGGUGACUCCUAUGGUGCUCAAGGUUGAUCUUCAGUGCUAUUGCUGCUACAAGAAGAUCAAAAAAACUCUCUGCAAGUUUCCCCAAAUUAGAGACCAGGUGUUCGACGAAAAGAACAACACGGUGAGCAUCAUCGUCGUGUGUUGCAGUCCGGAGAAAAUUCGCGACAAACUGUGCAGCAAGGCCGGCAAGGUCAUCAAGGGCAUUGACAUCAAGGAUUCCGCCAAACCGAAGGAGCCUGAGAAGAAAAAGGACGCUGACAAGCCAAAGGAGCCGCCGAAGGAGCCGUCGAAGCCUAAGGAACCAGAGAAACCUAAAGUAGUCGCCGAGAAGCCAAAGGAGACUGAAAAAAAGGUCACCAUAAUCGAAAAUCCGGAAAAGCCGAAAUCCAAUGGUAAAGCCGAUAAGCCGAAAUCCGACGGAGCACCGCCGGCAGAAAAGCCAAAGGAUGCGCCAAAAAUGGAUCCGGCGAAAAUACUGGAACCGGCCGCGAAGCCGGCGCCGGUUCCGGUCGCCGCCGCAGCGAAGGGACCCGACCCGGUUCCGGUUAAUGGAGUUCCGUCGGUUUUCCCGUACCUCGGACCGAGUUACGAUGCCUACGGAUCCGGCCCCUAUUACCACGGGUACGGGUUCCCCCCUCCUCAACCGCAGCCGUCUUAUGAUGGGUAUUACGGGUACGGGGCUAGCACAGGAUACGGGCCUGCUCCCGGAUAUGGGUAUGGGUAUGGUCGGGUCGGGCAACCCAUCAGAUCCGAUUGCUACUUCAGCGAAGAAAACCCUCAAGGCUGCUUCAUAAUGUGAAGGUCUGCCACAUAAAAAGAAAACGAAUUAUAUUUUAAUAACAAUAAUAAUAAUAAAUAUUAAAGUGGAAUUAAAAAUAAAAUUAUUGAUGAUAUAAUAGAUUAAAAUAAUGGAAAUGAUAGUGUCGGUGAGGGGUAGUGCCACAUUGGGGUGUUUCAAAGCUUUUUAUGAAUAUUAAUUUCUUCUUGUAUUAUGUUGUACGAAUAGAAAGGUGUUGCAAUAUAGUCACAACUUUUUUUUUUCC